AUGUUGAAGAAAGUCGACCCAACCAAUGUUGUACUUAUUGAUUAUAUGUCAACAAUUGAUCCCAAAGUUGAUACUGGUAAAUUGUUACCGAAAGCAGGUGCGGGUUCUUCAAAGAAGUCUAGAAAUACGAAGAAGCUUGAGGUCAUCGUUCUUGAGCCAACAGUUAAAGACACGAAGACAUCAAAGUCUCCAAAGACGAAGGCAGAUGAGAAAGUUUCGAAAGUUGAGAGCAAACCGGUUGUACCUGUUGAACCUGUUGUCUCUUCACCAACUUCAGUUACAAUUCCUUUAAAGACUGGAGUUUUACGUCAAUUAAGGCUGAAGUAUGGUGGUUCUCCUACUUCGAGUCUUGUUCGCAAACCACAUCUUACUCAUCAAGGGGUGCUUAUACGCGAAAUCCCAGCUCCAGUUUCUCCUCACUCUAAGAAACAAAGGGUUGAGGAUAUGGCCAAAAAGAUCUCAAAGAAGAAGAAGAAUACAAAAAAGAGGAAGUAA